AGAAGUGGAAAGCAGUUUCCAGGCUAAACAAAAAAAAAAUACACUUAAGCCAUGGAGUCCAACCAGGAAUCCUCACUUUUCCUAGUGAAGAUCUUGGAGGAGCUGGAUACGAAGCAAAAUACAGUUUCUUACCAGGACCUCUGCAAGUCCCUGUGUGCAAGGUUUGAUUUAUCCCAGUUGGCCAAGCUCAGAAGUGUGCUGUUUUACACCGCUUGCCUGGAUCCUAAUUUCCCAGCGACUUUGUUCAAAGACAAAAUGAGAUGCACUGUAAACAAUCAGCAAUCAAAGAAAAUCAUGGUUGCAGCAGAUAUAGUAACAAUAUUCAACCUCAUACAAAUGAAUGGGGGAGUGGCCAAGGAGAAACUUCCAGUUGCAAGGCAGAAAGUGAAGAAGAAAGAGUCGUUCGAGUCCUGUAGAUCUGACACGGAAAUCUGCAAUAUGGCAGACUGCGUGCCCAACUGCGAGCUGAAUGACCAGGAGUUUAACCGGGGCUUUCCAGUGAGAAGGUCUUCAAAAUGCAGAAAGAUGGACUGCAAAGACUGUCAACAGUUUGUCCCCUCGUCAGAACCCAACUUUUUGCUUGGUGUUAAUAAGGAGAUGAAGGGCCGGGCUGCCUCUCUGGACAGGCUACAGGCGCUGGCGUCCUACUCCAUCGCCACGUCUCCACCAUGCGAGAUGCAGAGUACGUACUUCCCCAUGAACAUUGAAAAUGAAUCUAUUUCAGACCAGGACUCCUUGCCUAUAAGUGCAGGCAUAAAAGAAACCUUCAUUUCAAAUGACGAGCCAUUUGUGAUGCAGUCGUGUGUCCAGAAAAGAAAUAUAUUCAAAGAAGAUUUUCAUAAUCUGAUUACAAUAUCUCCCAACUUAAUACCAUCCAACAAAAAAACAGAAGAUGGACACAGAGAGCCUCAGAACAGGAAAGAAAGCUCUAAGCAGGCUUUCUUCAACCACAGCUUUGAAAUGCCAUACAGCAGCCAGUACUUGAAUCCAGUUUAUUCUCCUAUACCAGACAAAAGACGAGUGAAGCACGAAAGUUUAGAUGAUCUUCAAGCUUCAACGUAUUUUGGCCCAACUACUAUUCUCGGGCCCCAGGACACCAAAAAGUGGACUGGAAAGCCAACCAAGCAAACUGCAUGGCCAGCUAAAAGCUGGAGUUUAAAUACUGAGGAGGUACCUGACUUUGAACGAUCAUUUUUUAAUAGGAAGCAGUCUGAAGAGAAGCCGCGAUACCAGAGUUCAAACAACCCAUCUCCAAACUUUCCUUCAGCUGACAGGCAUCAGUCCUACCUAAACACAAAAGAUCAGCAACCAAUUAUGCAGGCAAACUAUGCUGUGAAAUCAAAUGGGCAUAAACCCAAGGAAAUUCCUUCCAUUCUAGACGUGGAGAAGCAUGAGCCAGUCAAAAAGUUUAAAGAUAAAAGCAUUAAUUGUUCUUCUGUUCAGAUUUUAAGCAUUGACAGGACCACGAGUGUUGGGACACAAACAGAGCAGCAAGUUCUGGACCACAAGAAAUGCAAGGAUUUGUGUGCGGCGGGCCAAGCCAAGUACGGAGAGCGACACUCUCUUAAGCAGUCGGAUGAUGACUCUGAAAUUGUGAGCGAUGACAUCAGUGACAUUUUCCGGUUUUUGGAUGACAUGAGUAUCAGCGGGUCGACGGGAGUGAUGCAGUCUUCAUGCUACAACAGUACUGGUUCCUUGUCUCAGGUGCAUAAAUCAGACUGUGAGAGCUCACCUGAGCACAAUUUGACUAAAAUCUCCAACGGGAGUGCCUGUAACAAAUUGGAUAAAGUGGUCCGGGCAGACGUCAGUAAUACAGAUGAUGAACUGAAAACGAGCGUCUGCAAAUUAGUUUUGAGGAUUGGCGAAAUAGAGAAGAAACUGGAAUCUCUGUCUGGCGUUCGAGAAGAAAUCUCCCAAGUCCUGGGAAAAUUGAGCAAGUUGGAUCAAAAAAUUCAGCAGCCAGAGAAGGUCAGCGUACAAAUAGAUCUCAAUUCUUUGACAAGUGAUGCUGCAUCAGAUGAGAGUAACUCCCCGCAGAUAUUUCAGUGCCACAAUACUCCUCAUGGAGGCAAACUAGAGAAUAAUCCAGAAUGGUGCUGUUCAGACGCCAGUGGAAGUAAUAGCGAGAGUCUUCGAGUAAAAGCCUUAAAAAAAAGUUUAUUUACUAGGAGGUCAUCAAGAUCAUUAACAGAGGAAAAUAGUGCAACUGAAUCCAAAAUAGCAAGUAUUUCAAACUCUCCCCGAGACUGGAGAGCUAUUACUUACACCAACCAAGUUGGCAUUACGGAAGAGGAGAUGAAAGAGAGAGAUGGAGGAGAGAAUAAGGACUGGCACAGGAAAUCUAAAGAGGCAGACAGGCAAUAUGAAAUCCCACAGCCACAUAGACUCCCUAAACAACCAAAAGAUGCUUUCUUGAUUGAACAAGUCUUUAGUCCUCAUCCCUACCCUGCAUCACUCAAGUCACACAUGAAAAGCAACCCGCUGUACACAGACAUGAGGUUGACCGAGCUGGCUGAAGUGAAACGCGCCCAGCCGUCUUGGACCAUAGAGGAAUACACGAGGAAUUCGGGGGAUAAAGGCAAGAUUGCAGCACUGGAUCUACAAACUCAAGAAUCUUUAAACCCAAACAACUUAGAAUACUGGAUGGAAGACAUUUAUACUCCUGGCUAUGAUUCCUUAUUAAAACGCAAAGAAGCUGAGUUCAGAAGAGCAAAGGUUUGCAAGAUAGCUGCCCUGAUAGCAGCGGCAGCUUGUACGGUUAUUCUGGUCAUUGUAGUUCCCAUUUGUACAAUGAAAUCCUGAACCUGCGGACAGACGCGUGACUCCCAGCCGCGUGUAUCUCAGAUAGCUCAUGCUGUGUUUCAAACGUCUGAUGGCAAAACUGUAAGGAAUUUGCUAAGGAAGAAUGUUCUGAGGGUAUCCUGAUGGAGAAUGCUGUAAAUGUAGGCAAAACACAAAACAACCAGAGAAACUUUUUUUUUUUUUUUUUAAAGUAUAAUUUUAAAUAACAGACUGUGUGGCAGAGUUAAUGGGAACUUGGUUCAAUUUUUAUGCAUUUUUAAAAGUGCAAUUUUUUUUUUCCUAAAGAAACAAUAUAAUGUUUUACAGAAUCAGAGACUGAUGAGAAUCCAGGCAAAAGAGGAAGGUUGUCUGAGCUGUGUUGCAUUUAACGGAGGUAUGGGUACAUGGAGGUAGCAUUGUAUAGAAAGGAAUGUUCUACAUGCAUUACAUCGAGGAGCUAGGAAAGUCUUAAAGCUCUCUACAAUGUAGAAAACUCUGAAUGUAUUGUAUUUAUUUAAUAGUAUUUAUGUAUUUCAUGAUCAUUUGAUUGAAAGCAGACUGUGUAGCCAUGAACGGAGUUCAUUCCUAUGUUCAGAUUAAAAAGGGCUCUUUGUAUUUGGUCUUGCCCUAAGACCCACUCUGUCAUUACUGAGUGCUUAGAUAAGUGCAAUGUGCUGCAGACCAAAAAGAUUAUGUUUUAAAGCAA